GCCAGCACCGCCAGCACGGGCCAGUCGUCGGCGGGAAGUCCCCGUCGCCACGCGCCGCGAACGCGCCGACUUGCCGUCUCUCUCUCUCUCCCAGCCGAAGCCACCACGCCGCAGCCAAGGAGCGCAAGCGCCAUGCACGUGCAGCCCAGCGUCCUCAACCCUUCCGGGAUAAGCAUGUCCCUGGUCACGCUGUGCACGUUGUGUCUCCUGCUUGGCGCAGUCUCGGGCUGCACGAUAGAACGGCGCCCAACGCCGCCGCCCGGUGGACAGGUGAGGAGUUAGUUACCACGAUUCACGCAUUCACUGGGGAACAUCGCCCCAUGUGGACACACAUCACAGGAAGCCGUUUAGAUAAUCCCCCUCCCCCUGUUCUUUCUAUUUGUGUUGUCUUGCUUGGAGCGCGACCGCAUCUUGCGCAACGUGAGCGUUAUCUGAUGGUUCACAUCGCACAGUGGGGCGGACGAUAACAUUCUAAUGAGCUUGGACGUGGACGACAGCGUGCGCGAGACGAAACGGGUCGAGUUUCAGAUUUUGGCGCCAAACGGGGUUCGUCUGCCCGCCGGAGUGGGACACCUCUGUGGAUGAAAACUGUGAAUGCCCUGGCAACAAAGGCUUUGAGUUGAUUCUUAUGAAAUUCAUUGAGACACAUGUGUUUCCUUGAAAACGUUCGUGGGCGUUUCUAGGGAUUAGGCGGACAGUAAGUUUCGCGUGUAUGUUGCUUUAGUGUGGUAGUGUUGGCAGUCCUGUAGCUCAGCUGGUACCAUUGCCAACCUUCCCACAGUUUUUCCCUUCCAUCCAAAGCGACGUGGGCGUUCUGCGUAUUCAUCACAGAAAGUCAAAAAAAGAAGCCAACUCUAGCGCGUUUGAACUCAAAAUCAAUGGAAAUGUACCUACCGCAAACUGCGGUUCGACACGUGCCACCGAAAAAUGCAAUGAAACCGAGGGAUUUUUUUUUUCGGCAGCCGUUAGACAGAAGAAGAAGAAGAAGAGGAGAAGAAGCGACGAAAAAGAGAGAGGCGGAGGACGUAAAAAGGGAAGGGAACGGAGAAUGGCGGUGAGAGCAGAUAGGGCGUAAGGUAGAAAGGAGUGGAGCGACGGAGACGAAGACGAGGCGAAAGGGGACGGCGGUCCGUGAACGUGAAGGGAGUGCGGGCAACGGGACGGUAGUGCCCUGGCCUGCCUGGCAGUUCUCGGCUCGGCUCGGCUCGACUCGUCAGUGCAGUGUCUUGGUGAUGGCGAGGAGGACGGAGGGGCCCAGCCCGUGCUCUGUCAAGAGGUCCAUCCGCACCCCCGUGUCCGCGAAACCAGCUUGUUGACGACGUCGCCCAGCCCGCCGAGGCUCGGCCCGCAUUCGCUGCCUUCGCAUUCGCCAUGGCCGCCGCGGCAGCACCGCAAAUCCUGCCGACAUUUCACCAGCGAUUCUCGCACAGCAAUGGCAACCCCCUCGGGUCCGUGGCUCGGCGCUCGUUCCGGCCCAGGGAGCGCUUCCUCAUCGCCCUGGUGUUCGGCACCUUCGUCCUGGUCUGCUUCGGGGCCUUCUUCUACCUGCCCGAGUACUCGGGCGCGGGCCCGGCGCACCGCGUCUACGGCAAGGUGCUGGAGAGCGUGCAGAAGGCAGGGCCCGACCUGCUGAUGCCAGCCGCCGCGGGCUCGCACUCCGGAGUCGUCCGCCACGAUCUGGAUGUGGGGCACGGGCUGAUGCACCAGGACCCGCACUCGGCUGGCGACAGGGCCAAGCUGCAGGCCAAGAUGAAGGAGGACGCCGAGCUGGACAAGCUCAAGAACCCCAAGGUGUUGGAGCGGCCCGAGGUGGCGGCGCCCCGCGCCAGCAGCGCCAUGCCCGCGGCCGUGCCGGGCCAGGGCCCCGCCCCCGCCGCGCUGGGGGCGCACGGGCAGGGCCAGGGGCCCAACGGCCAGGGCCCCGCCAGCGCGCCGCGCAAGAUCGUGACGGUGCCCCCCGGGGAGUGCGGCGGCUUCUGCCCCCUCAUCAAGGGAGGGGAGGACCCCGACCCGCUUAUCCGCCAGAAGCGAGAUAAGGUUAAGGAGAUGAUGCGGCACGCGUGGGACAACUACGUGCGCUACGCGUGGGGGCGCAACGAACUGCGGCCGGUGUCGCGGCGCGCGCACUCGGGCAGCAUCUUCGGCAACGCGGCCCUGGGCGCCACCAUCGUGGACGGCCUGGACACGCUCUUCAUCAUGGGCCUCAUGGACGAGUUCACCCAGGGCAGGAACUGGAUCGCCGACCACCUGGACAUGAGCAACACGAGUCUCGAUGUUUCUGUGUUUGAAACCAACAUACGGUUUGUUGGAGGCCUGUUGACUGCUUUUUCGCUCACUGGAGACGUCAUGUUCAGAGACAAGGCUGAGCACAUUGCGGAGAAACUUUUGCCCGCUUUCCAAACUCCUACGGGAAUUCCCAAUGCUCUGAUCAACCUCAAGACAGGUUUCAGCAAAAACUAUGCCUGGGCAAGUGGUGGUUCGAGUAUUCUCUCUGAGUUUGGAACCCUGCAUUUGGAGUUCAGCUAUUUAUCUGAUGUGACCGGAAACCGCAUAUAUAGAGAUAAGAUAGAUGAAAUUAGAAGAGUGCUUCGAUCUACAGCAAAGCCACGUGGCCUCUACCCCAAUUAUCUGAACCCUAAAACUGGGAAAUGGGGACAGCAACACAUAUCUAUGGGUGCCUUAGGUGAUAGUUUCUAUGAAUACCUUCUUAAGGCCUGGAUUCAGUCAAACCAAGAAGACCAAGAAGCUCGUGAAAUGUAUGAUGAAGCCAUGAACAACAUGUUUAUUCACAUGCUGAAAGUAUCACCUGGAGGUUUAACAUACUUUGCUGACUUGAAGUUUGAGUCUGUUGACCACAAAAUGGACCACUUGGCAUGCUUUUCAGGUGGUCUUCUUGCUCUUGGUGCUAAAACUCUUCAAAAUGAAAUGACAGAUCAGUAUCGCAAUGCAGCUGCUGCCAUUACACACACUUGUCAUGAAUCCUAUGACCGCAGUGCUGUAAAACUUGGCCCCGAAGUCUUUCGAUUUACUGAAUCAAUGGAAGCCAAGGCACUGCGUGUCUCAGAAAAGUACUACAUCCUCCGGCCAGAGGUUAUUGAAUCCUACUUUGUGCUUUGGAGGGUAACAAAAGACCCGAAAUAUCGAGAUUGGGGAUGGGAAGCUGUCAUGGCACUUGAAAAGCACUGCCGAGUGCCUGGGGGCUACACUGGUCUCAAGAAUGUUUAUAUAGAUCAACCAGUGAAAGACGAUGUGCAGCAGAGCUUUUUCCUUGCUGAGACAUUAAAGUACUUGUACCUUUUGUUCAGUGAUGAGUCAUUCUUUUCACUGGACGAUUGGGUUCUGAAUACAGAAGCCCAUCCAUUGCCUAUCAAGGGAAACCCCUAUUACAGAGGAGUGGAGGUGCGGACAGAAAAUUAAAAAUGAUGUUUCUAGGAUGGCAAUUUAAUUUGUUGGCUGUGUCUCUUCUGCUAUUUGGUCACUCUACAGACUGACGGUGCCUUGCUCUUGUAGGGCACCCAAUUUCUUCCAAUUAAGAUGUGCAAAUAUUCUUGAAUCAUCUUUAAAGUAACUAACCCUAAUAAUCGCAUGACAGGAAUGGGGACUGACAAUUUUAACGUGUUGUCAUUGGCAGAAAAGAUUUCAAGUGUUAAUAAUUUUUUCUGUUUAAAAUUACUUUUGAUUAUCUCUUCUGCUCCUGCCAUGCAAGUAGUUACUGCCAAGGGUACUGUGUACUUCAUUUAGUGGAAUCUCUGUAUAUAAGUUUAUGUCAAGAAUAUCAAAUUUUAUGUUUAAGGACUAUUUAUGUGAAUGUGCAUUUGCAUCAUUAUUGUAUCAUAAAUUAUUUUGUGGGUCAAUUGGAAUGGAGUAACCUAUUGCCCACUAGAGCUGUUGAGGUUAUGAAGAAAUUAUGAUUGUCAAGUUAGUUGAUAUUGAGAGAGGGAGAGAGAGAGAGAGAGUCAAUUGUGAUAUUUAAAACAAAUAGAAAGGUAUGUAUAGCCAAUGUGGUUACCAUAGUAUUUUGGUGAUGUUCCUUGGUUCCUCAGUCACCUUCUGCCAUGUUCAUGCUUUGAAUUUCUGCUUAAGUUUUUAUGUACAAGUGUGUGUGUGUAUAUAUGUAUAUCUUACUCUUGAAGAAUAUUAAUUUUAAUAUGUUGAUAACAUUAGGAAUCAAUUCUCUUGUAUAUACAGACAUUGUGAUAAUUCUGUUUUAUUUGUGUGACAGUUGUGAGCAGUCGAGAUUAAUGUCAGUGGUUUCUUUGCUUGUGUGAGUGUGUGCGUGAGUGUUAAGAUGUCUGCACUGGGGCUUGUUUGUGAGUUACAUUUACAUCACAGCUCAAAAUUUUAAUCAUGUCUCAAGAGAUGGGUGCCCUUCUCUUAUGUGACUGUGUCUAACUAUAAGAAGCUUCCUGUUGAUCAUUUCUUUAUUUGAAUUGCUAAAAUGAAAUUAUAAUUAAGUAUCUUCAUGCUCCCCACUCAGCUCACCUUAUGUGGCAAUAAGAUUUUGAGCUGUUGUGUAGAUUUUUAGAGGUUGUCAGAUAUCCUCAAGUAUGUACGACAGAUUAUGAAGCAUGGACAUAGGCAAUUUAGUUAUUUGUUAUUUCUAAAUGUGUAUUUAUGAUAGUGUGUUGGAGUGAAAUGGAAUGAGGUUUAUUUUAUCUUAUCUCAUUGUAAGUUGGUGGAGGCUUUCAUGUUUGGUUUCUGUUUGGUUUCCUCCUUUUGCCACAUUCAGUUAGUAUUAGUCCUUCAUUUUCACAAUUCCUGUAAGUUUACAUUCCAUUGACGUUCUAUACAUCUGUCACAUACCUUUCACUUGUUAGUAAUUUUGACAAUCUUUUGCUCAGUUUCUUGUCUUGCUGUAUCUUUGUCUUGUUUACUGUUUUCCACCCCCCACCUUUUUUCAUGGUGAAAAGCAUUUUGAAGUCUCUUACUUAAUUAAUGGUACAUAAUUUUUGCACAUAUUUAUUUAACACCUGUGUCUGCUUAAAGUUUUUGUUCAAUUUUGUUAAUGCCUUUUGCAAUGAAAACAUGUUUGCAAUAUUUUAAGUUUUAAUAUUUGUUGAGUACUACUUUGCAUUUUAUUUUUAUGUUAUGCAUUUUGGUGGAUGCAUGAAGUGUAGGUGUUAUUAAGUGUAUUAUUUAUUUGAGUUUAAGAGUACUGAUGAACUUAAAUAUUGCUUGUAUGUACUGUUGAUUGUUCUUUUUUUUAUAUAUAGCCUUGUGAAUGAAUUUCUGUGAAACUUGUGACUUUAAUGUGUAUCAAAAUCUGACUCCUUUCUUAGGUGCCAAAUUUUCAAACAAGUGAUCUAUGCCUCUCUUUCAAGCCUGUCAGCUGUUGCCCUCAGUUUUGUUGUAUGGCACUAUUGAAAGUAAUUUCUCAUAUUUUGUAAUGUGUAACUUACAUGUUAGUAGCCCUUAAAAACAAAAUAUUAUGUUGUAAAAUAUUCCUGACCAUUUUGUUUCUGCAUCUAUGCUAACACUAAAUUUGAUAUUUUGCUGACCUAAUGACUAGCUGAAGGGAGUUCUCAGGUAGUAACAGUGAUAAUAGUUAUGUUAGGAUCAAACUGUUGAGCAAAUUAGGAAAAUCAUUUCGUUGUACUCACUUUUGUUAUUUGUUCCAAGUUGUCACUUUUGUUGUAAUAUCUUAUGACUUCCUCCCAACAUUACAUUCUCUGAUGGAGUUUUGAUUCAGUGAUAUGAUAUGAUUUUCUGCUAAGUUUUUAUAAAUUAGCUCAGAGCACAGAGCCCUUUUAACAUAUUGAACCAAGAGUAUUCGGUAAGAAACAUACUCGUGUUCACUUCCUAUUUUUUUAACUUAAUUUUUGGUAAUGUGUUUUGUCUCUCUUUGUACGUAAUGCCAACAUUGUCAUUCAUAUUACACCUUCUCUCACUGUCAUUUAUUUCAGCCCUUGGAAGUUGUUCAGUGUAGGUACAGUCUAUGGCUUGCUUACGCAUUCAUUUAUUUGUGAGCAUUGAUCAAUCUCUGUUGGUGAGGUGAGUCUUGGGACCAGAGUUGAAUUGGGAAGUAUCUUUGUGGAGUUGAGUGUGAAUGUGUAUUGUUUCAGCACAUUUGCCCAUGGAUCUUUCAUACAGCUUUGACAGGGGCUAGAUAUGUCGCAUUGUUUGAAGUUGUGUGAAAUAAAGUCGUUUUAUUAUUAUUGAUUUGUACUUUUAGAAAACUUCAUUUGCUGGCUCACAUGAUAUUCUGUAUAAUUUGUAUAGACUGAUUUGUUUGAUUGUUUAUGAAGUUUAAAUUGUGAUAAAGUCAACACAACCAUUUAAGAAUGCCCUUCAUUUGGUUUUAGAAAAUUUUCUUAAUCUGUCUGUUGCAUUUAAAAAAAAGGAACUUUUGUUAAUAUGGAUGAAUACGGAGCACACUAGCACUCAUUUAAUAUAUUUGGAAACUUAGAAAUUUCACAACCAUGAAGAUUGCUAGGAACUUAGCUAAGUCAUGUAUUUGUAAAUUUUCUUCUUUUCUAGCCUUAACAUUAUUUUUACCUAGCUGUGAAUAUUUUCACUCUUAAAUAAGGAUUUGUUAGUAUCUAAAGUUUUGUCCAAUCGCAGCUCCUUGCAGCUUGUUUAUUAUUUCCUGAUUUCUUCCUCUCCUUGGAUUCUGUCUUUUCCAAGGCUUAGCAUAGAAAACAAAACUUCUAUUUCACAGCUGUUCACUUACAGUAAAGGGCUCUGGAAAUACGGUUUACAUGAUCCAAUGUUUUGAGCUCUGUAAUUUUAUUUAAUGCUAGUGAGAAACAUUGAUAGUUUAACGCUCUAGCCUCUGUAUUUUCAAUCCGUCUGUCCAAGAUAAAAUAUAAAAAACUAUGACCAUGA